GCCAAAAUCAAACGCGCCCUGGCCUGCCCCGCCCCUCACCCCGUGCGCAGGCCCCGCCAGCGGAAGUCCCCGCGCCGGCGCCAUGUCAAAGAAAAAAGGAUUGAGUGCAGAAGAAAAGAGAACUCGCAUGAUGGAAAUAUUUUUUGAAACAAAAGAUGUAUUUCAAUUAAAAGACUUGGAGAAGAUUGCUCCCAAAGAGAAAGGCAUUACUUCUAUGUCAGUGAAAGAAGUCCUUCAAAGCUUAGUUGAUGAUAGUAUGGUUGACUGUGAGAGGAUCGGAACUUCUAAUUAUUAUUGGGCUUUUCCAAGUAAAGCUCUUCAUGCAAGGAAACGGAAGUUGGAGGCUCUGGAAUCUCAGUUGUCUGAGGGAAGCCAAAAGCAUGCAAGCCUACAGAAAAGCAUUGAAAAAGCGAAAAUUGGCCGAUGUGAAACGGCCAAGCGAAUAAAGUAGCCAAAGAAGCUGCUAACAGAUGGACUGAUAACAUAUUUGCAAUAAAAUCUUGGGCCAAAAGAAAAUUUGGGUUUGAAGAAAAUAAAAUUGAUAAAACUUUUGGAAUUCCAGAAGACUUUGACUACAUAGACUAAAAUAUUCCAUGGUGGUGAAGGAUGUAAAUUUUAAACUAUUUCUAAAUAAGUGUACUGAAUUGUCAUUUUCCUGUAACUGUAUGUAUCCUUUUAUUAAUGUUAAAUAAAGUGUAAAAUGCAGAUGUUCUUCAUCCUGUUUAGUAGAUCACAUGCAGGAUGAUGAACAUAUCCCCCGCAGUGCUCAUCAAAGUAGGACAUAAAGCCUUGCACCUCAUUC